UUGAUAAAAAACGUAGGAGGACUGGAGCUAGAUUAAGAGGAGAAGAAUUUGGUCAGAGAGUUCCUCCUAUUUUUGAAAUAAUUAAGAGCAUCCUACUAGAGUAUCCCAGUGGUCAGAUAUUUAAAUACAGAGUUCAUGUGCCAACUUUCACAUAUUAUAUUUCUUAUGAAAAGGCUACAGGGAACUCCCCAGAGCUGUGAGCUAAUCAGUGGUAGCCCGUUAUAAAAAGCAGGAUUUCUAACUUACCCGCAUGCAAGCAGUUAUUAAGAGUAGAACCAUCGGUACAAUGAAGGCCACUGGGGUUGUACUGAUACUGCUUCUCUUGCUAAAUGGUUUUGCUAACUGUCAGAAUUUUGACUAUCUCAUAUUAAUUAUGAAGAUGACAACAUCCCCUACACUGUUGUAUUUCAAGUAGAAGCGACUUAUAACUCAGUAACUGGUGAUGUGUGUGCUAAUGGAGUCACUAAUGAUACUGCUAACUUAAUGUGCCAGAAUAUGUUCGAUGAUCCUACUCUUAUUCUACAAGCAACUACCACAGACUACUCCACCUUCAUGUUCAAUUCUGUUGCUUAUAGUGUUGAUUGUUCAAGUGGUAUUGAUACUUGUCCUGGUACUCAAGUUUCUAACUGUGAUUCUUAUGGAGGACUUUUAGCAGUCAAAUGUGUGAUAUUUAUGCCAGAAUGCUACUCACAGUCGAUAGCGAUGUUAAGCAAUCCAGUUAAUACUACCAUUCCUUCUGGUGGCUAUUAUGUAACUGGUCAUCCUGUUACUUGCAGCUCUAGUGGUAACUAUGUUCCAAUAUGCAACAGUGUGAACAUUGGGCCAUUAGAAACAAUGGCUAUUUGUCUUCAUACAACAGGAGAUUUUGGUGGGUUUAAUGGAGCUCCUUCUGGUGUUACUGUUCCUCCUCCUACUCUACGUUCUAUUGAUACUAUAUCAAAUCGAUUUAGCUGUUCUGGUGCUCUUUCAGUAAUCUUAUUUGUUCUGGUAAUAGUAUAAUGGGCUUUUGUCCUAAUGGAUAUGCUACUGUCACAUGUCAGAGAAAGGUACAUGUACAUGAUUAUUGACUGCAUGAUGUCUUCGGAUGAUUAAUAAUAAUAGUGCUAUAGGCCACAAAAUUGUACCAUUUUAUAUACAUGUACCCAGUCUCGUAGCACCAAUAUUGACAUGUUAUGUGCAGAAAUACCCACUUCAUUUGUGAGGUACACUGUACCUAUUAUUUUUGUAAAGAAUUUUUCUUCUUGUCACUUUAAAGUGUAACUGCAGUGAUUUUUUAGGGUAUUUAUUUUAUGGUCUUAA